UCUCUCACCACGCCGCGACAAAACCACCCCCGCGAAAACGUAACGCACCCGCCGUCCCUCGCGAAAAAGCGCAUUUGUCGCAGUCGUCGCCACGGGAUACUUUCGCGCUCCUCACCGUUUGAGACACAAUUGUCGGGAUUAUACGUCGGGACGAACUGCAUGUAGAGGAAAAUUCAAGAACAAAGUUUUUUCGUUUGAAAAUUUGAAUUUAUUCUGGAAAAAUUACAUUGCGUUUAUGCAUAUUAUUUACUUUACGCAUUAUUAUUCUCCGUCAUUUGUUUGGCACAAUUGAGAGUUGGGUUUUCUUUCUUCUGUCAAGAUAAUUGAUGUGUCCCAUUUCGCUUCUGUUAUAUUUUCUGCAUCGUGUAUCCGCUGGUCUUUCUUAUACACGAUUGCACUUGUGAUAUACACAUUUAUCACCGGGGAUGGAUAUAGCAUGAUCCAUCCCCAUCCAGGUACUUUUCACCACCCUUAGAAUCACAUCACGCCGCAUCAACAUCGUCAUGGUAACGUAGGAUCGUACAUGCCCUUGUUUAAACAAGAGUGCACUGGCCAACGCAGGGGCUGGCCAAGUAAAGAGCAGCGAGUGAAAAGCAACGACCGGAGGAUUAACAUUAAACUUUUGCCAUUAUUGUGACCUCCCCUCGGAGAGUUGGUCAAUCCCGAUGAGCAUGAAUGACUGCCUGUCGUUGAACGCGGCCGCUGGCCGCGUUACUCAAUUGGCGCGAGAAAAGGAGGAGAAACGUGCUCAAGAGCGUCGGCGACACCUUAUUUAUCUUAUCACUGCCUUUUUACGAGAGCAAGGAUAUUCCAAUAUCGCAGAGAGUCUUUUCAAAGAAGCUCAGCUCUCCCGGGACAUUCACGUAUGCGAUAAUAUCGAUCUAGAGACUAUCAUUCUUGAAUAUGCUGAUUAUUACUAUGCCAAGUACAAUAGGUAUCCAAAGUUAUGCAAGAAGGUCGAAGCAGCGGAGAACAUCGCACAAAACACUUGCAAUAAGAGAGAACGGGUCUCGAGAGUUUCUAAUUCGAAGCUGGAGGAUGGCCGUGUCGUUGCCGCCGAGGAAUGCAACAAUACUGGCAAAAAUAAAAUCGCACAAAAACACACUGCCUCCGCGUGGAACGAGUUGAACCUCGGUAUUACGGUGACGCCAAUUUUUCCUGCUGAAAGCGGCGAUCGUGUUAUCACACAAACGGUGAAGUCUAACGAAAACUUUGCUGAGAACGAGAGAUUUUUGAAGCCCAUCGACAAUCUCUAUCCAUUCAGCUCCGAAUUGAAAGAAAUUGCCAGCAUAAUAUCACAGGAAGUCGUGCAACAAAACUUGAACGUCCAUUGGGAGGACGUAAAGGGACUGAAAAACUGUAAGACGUUAUUGAAAGAAGCCAUAAUCUAUCCCAUGAAAUAUCCAAGCCUGUUUAGUGGAAAACUCGAUUCUUGCAAGGGCGUAUUGUUGUAUGGUCCGCCGGGGACGGGCAAGACGAUGCUCGCGAAAGCGGUCGCUACUGAGUGUCGAUCGACCUUCUUUAAUAUCACUUCCAGCUCCCUCAUCAGUAAAUGGAGAGGUGAUUCGGAAAAAUAUAUUCGCGUGCUCAUUGAUCUUGCCAAACACUACGCGCCUACGAUCGUCUUCAUCGAUGAAAUUGAUUGGACAACGACGAGAAAUACGGAUGACGCCUCGUCAUGCUCGGAACCUGCCAGGAGAUUCCGAGCAGAACUUCUGGCCAGAUUGGAUGGGUUAUUAUCAAUGGAGUAUACGAAUGUAAUAUUGUUAGCAGCUACAAACGUCCCGUGGAAUAUAGACGUCGCUUUAUUGAGACGUUUAGAAAAGCGAAUCUUUGUGGAUCUACCUGAUGAAGCUAGCCGAUUGGAGUUACUGCAAUCUUACGUACAUCCUGACCUGCACAGUUCAUCAGAGAUGCUCAUGCUAGCACAAGAGACCUUGGGAUAUUCUUGCGCGGAUUUGAAAUUGCUAUGCAAAGAGGCAUGGAUCAACCAGUUGCGACCUGUUUGGGCGAGUCUUGAGACCAAAGCAAUUUCCGUGAGCGAUGUUCAAAACGACGGUCUCAUCAGUGCCAUGAAUCAUCUUGUGCUCGCCAAACACAAUGUGAAACCUAUCGCCAGGCACAUGAACGCACAAUAUGUAGACUGGAAUAAGAAAUUUGGUCCUUCCAAAAAGUAGAAAAUCGACGAGAAAAUUUGUGAUUAACGAAAAUUGUAUAUAAGUCGAAAAAUUUGUAUUUAAAAAAAAUUAAUACACGCUGCCGGACGCACAAGUAGCUUAAAAGGCAAAAUUAAAUUCUUUACAAGAAUGUACAACAAAUUCUUCAUGACGAGGAGUAUAAAAUACUGUAUUUCCAUAAAAUAAGCAUACAGAAGAAUUUUAUUAAUACAAAUUCCUUUAUUACAAGAGAUAGUCCAUAAUUUAAACUUAGUAUUGUGUUGUCUGUGGAAAAAAA